GGGUCUCUAUCCAUUUUUGGCUCCUCGAUCGCGGAUCGGGAGGGAGGGGGUGCCUGCCGCGCCACCAGCAGGCCGCCGAGUUCCUAGUGUGAGACAGGCCACGAAGAAGGAGAGCAGCUUCUUCAAGUCUGAAAGCACUCCAGGUCCGCCCUUUCCGCAGAUUAGUUUCAUUUUUCACCUGAGCAGCGAAAACCCCCCAGGCCACCGCCAUGGACGCGAUCAAGAAGAAAAUGCAAGCUAUGAAGCUUGAGAAGGACACAGCACAGGACAAAGCCGACACUUGUGAACAGCAGGCCAGAGAAGCCAACCUCCGUGCUGACAAGGUUGGAGAGGACGUGAAUGACCUGAAGAAGAAGCUAACACAGGUUGAGAAUGACCUUAUCAAGUUCAAGAACGACCUUGUCAUGGCCAACAAGGAGCUCGAGGACAAGGAGAAGACUCUCACAAACGCCGAGAGCGAGAUGGCCACCCUGAACAGGAAAGUCCAGCAGAUUGAGGAGGAUCUUGAGCGAUCUGAGGAGCGUUCCACCACCGCUCAGCAGAAGCUGAAGGAGGCCUCUGAGGCAGCUGAUGAAGCCGUCCGUAUGUGCAAGGUGUUGGAGAACAGAAGCCAGCAGGAUGAGGAGAGGAUGGAACAAUUGACCAACCAGCUCAAGGAGGCCCGUCUGCUCGCUGAGGACGCUGAUGGCAAGUCCGACGAGGUUUCCCGCAAGCUGGCCUUCGUUGAAGACGAGCUUGAGGUGGCUGAGGACCGCGUCAAGACUGGUGACAGCAAGAUCAUGGAGCUUGAGGAGGAGUUGAAGGUCGUGGGUAACAGCUUGAAGUCUCUUGAGGUUUCUGAAGAGAAAGCCAACCAGCGAGUUGAGGAGUACAAGCGCCAAAUCAAGUCCCUGAGCGUGAAACUAAAAGAGGCUGAGGCUCGCGCUGAGUACGCUGAGAAGUCGGUCAAGAAAUUGCAGAAGGAGGUUGACAGGCUGGAAGACGAUCUCUUCCAUGAGAAGGAGAAAUACAAGUCAAUCUGUGAUGAUCUCGACCAGACCUUCUCUGAACUUACUGGCUACUAAACUUGUUGUUGUUGAGCCAAAAUCUCUCAACAAAUAUAAGUCAACUCCCUUAAAAUCGGUCCUACAUUUAUUAUUGUUAAUACAAUACAAUUGAUCGAAAGUCAUGCGCACAGCCUUUGAUCAGGAUCACUUCUUUUUGGCUGCUCCACCGACAACUCUUUUUGAAUGAAAAUAUUUAUGCCACACGACGACAUUAUAAUAUAAUACUUCUCAAUUAAAAGCGUUCAGCUCGGCACAAAAAGAA